AUGGCGCCCGCGUCGAGCAUGCGCGGUGGGGCCGCCGCUGCUCCUCAGGAGGGGCCGCGAGAGCGCGGCCGGAGCGGCACCGGGGCUGUUGUGGGGCCGGGGCUGGGGCCAGGCGGUGCCGGCGAGGCGGCUGCGCUCUCGGCCACCUCCUGCCCGCUGCCCCCGCGGGGAAGGGUGCGCUGCCCACCUGGGGACGCGCAGGGGUCCGCCCUGCUGGCCGCCAGGGACACUUGCCCGCAGACCCGCUCGCGCCGCUCGCCCCGGCACGGGCCGGGCGGGCCCAGGAGAGAGCCGGAGGCCGUUGUUUUGUCACGGCUCCCGCCAGGUGAACCCCGAGGCACCGGCUGGGGAAGGGGUGACGGAGCGCUCUCGGGAGGGCUGGGCCGGUCCGAGGUAGCGGGGGGAAAGCCUGAGGUGUCCCAGAGGAAACAGCUGGCAUGUUUGCUAGGGAAGCCCCCGAGCAAAAAAAACCAGGAAUGUCUCACGUGCCUUGAGAAUCUAGUCAACCUGGCCCAUACAGCUGCUCCCAUGUAUGUUUUUCCCCUUAUGCUCCCGGACCAGCGAUUUGCCCUCUUUCCACCCUCACCCUUCUUUUGCGGACGCCGGUGUCUCCUCACACGGGAGGCCGAGGAACAGGCAGCUCUGAGGGGACAGCGUGCCCAUGUCUGGUUGCGUGGCCAGGUGUGAGAGUGCCCUCUCCUGGGUGGAACAGGCAGUUUGGCUUGCUCGCUUGAGACGGAUCCCUCUGUUGGGAAGCCCUUUGCCUUACAAAGAGCUCACGGUACUGUCACUGCCUUGAGGAAGAACUUGUAGGAGUUCUGCAGGCAGAAAUGCCAAAAACAGGAGAACAGAAACUAAUGCGAUGUUACGGAAGAGAGAGAAGGUAUUCACUCAUGAUGCCUGCACUUAACAAUUUAGAUUUUUCAUGUAAUUAGCAGCUGACAUACAUGCAUUAAAAGGCACUACGGGUUCUAGCUAAA